AGCCUCCCCGCCCUCUUGGAUUGGCCAUUCGUUUCCAUCCUGAUCCCGCGAGGCCCGCAGCUGGCCGUGGAUGAUGGGGUUGAGUCCAGCCUACCUGGUGGGCGCCAGGUUGGAGCGGGGAAGCUGCUCUUAAGGUGUGCAAGUACAGUGCAGUUCCAUUCUAGCUUCAAGCAGCAGUCCCCUAAAUUCAGUGCGGCCUGUUCCCAGGAAAACGUGCAUAGGAUUGCGGCCUCCAUUCCCCCUUUUUAGCCUUAACGUGCUUUUGGAGGGCAUAAAAAUGGAAUGUUAGAUCAGCUUCCUUGUUUACAACAGACUGAAUCUGAAACAACAUCCUUUCCUGCCUUUGGCACCGGCCACCUGUGGGCAUCAGGUUCUUAAUAAACAGCAGCAAUUCAAUCUCUGUUCUGUUUUUCUUUUGUUAGCAUGCUGCGGUCUUAGCCUGUAAAAAUCUUCACUUACGAGAAGGGCUCUGCUUAUGAGAAAUAAGCAGACAAGUAAAACAAAUUGCAGACUAAGAAAUAUGGGAGUUUAGUAAUCAGACUGAACUAACUGGGAUCUUCCUUUGUUUAGAUCAUGGCUCAAAUAUGAGCAAAAUUUAUUAAUUCAGCGGAAGUCUUUCUAAGUAGUUUUGAUCAGCCACUGCAUUUGCUGUUGAAAUUAUCCUUGCGUUUGAUUCUCAGGGUACUGGUGAUCAUACCUGAGGUAUGUCUGUGUUACGCGGUGCUGUCCACGCAAAAUGGAUCAUAGGAAAAGUCAUUGGGACCAAAAUGCGCAAAACAGCCAAAGUGAGAGUAACACGGCUGGUGCUGGAUCCUUACUUACUAAAGUUCUAUAACAAGCGGAAGACCUACUUCGCUCACGACCCUCAGCAGCAGUGCAUCGAGGGAGACAUUGUUCUGCUGAAAGCCCUGCCUGAGCGAAGGAGCAAGCAUGUGAAACACGAACUCGCUGAGAUUGUAUACAAGGUUGGAAAAGUCAUUGAUCCAGUGACAGGGAAGCCCUGCACAGGUCAAAGGUUCCUAGAAAGUGUAACAGACUCAGAAAACCUGACUGAUAGAGAUACCAGCUACCUGAGUGAAAAACUUCAAGAGCUGACUGUUUCGUCUCCAGACAAAUAAACGUGUUGGAGCAGUGGGACUUUUACAUGUGUCUCUUUGAAGAGAUUGUAUGUGACUUUGUGUGUAUGUGGCCUUUUCUAAUACGGCCAUGAUUACAAUAAACUAGGUUUAACAUGUGCA